UCUUUUCAUAUUUUAAGUACGACAUUUACAUACAACCUAUGUUAAUUUAGUGUAAAAAUACAAUGCAUAACAUUUUUUGUUACUUUUUAGAUCGUGUUAUGUUCAAGCAUUUAUACGGAAUUCCAUCCAGCAUUCGUAUGUGAACGCAACAUACUAACGCAACCGUCCGGGCGACCUCGCUGGACCGCAAAAUAAUGAAGUCACUCGGGGGAUAACCAUUUCAAAUUAACCAUGUUUUCGGCUGUUUUCGUCUUGGAUUCUCCGGAUCUCGAAGCCGCCGCCAAUGGAGUGUAUCCGCAAUUAUUGCGUCAGCUAUCGUGAAGCACGUCGCCAAUGAUUGGCCAGUUCCAAAGAGCGGGAAAUCCCCGUUGAACCUGCUCUUCCGCGCUAUCCGUCCCCACGGUACUCCCGCUGAUGUCUUUCGCGUCAUCACAUCGUGGCCUGGGGACGCCGUCUUCGUCAGAAACAUUCCGACGACUAGCGAUACCGAUCAGUAUCGCGCUGCACGACACCGCUGCAACGUCGUGUUUUAUUCGUGAUAUACUUGUUCCGAUCUGUUUCCAACGGAGAGUGAUGCGACUUACUCACGGCGCUCUGUGACACACAUUCAGUGUUCAUCUCCGCGCGAAUCGCAAUAAUUUAUUACAAAAAUUCUAUUGUUUAAAUUUGCAUUGUUCCUGUUGGUUUAAGUAUCUAGUGAACUCGAAAAUGGAUUCGUUCAACAAUUAUGAUAGAACCGACCUAUCAGAGGAGUACUUUUCGCUUUCUAAUGUAAACGACGACGAUGAUCGUUCCGUAUUUGAUAUGGACUCGCGGAAAAUGCUGAAAACUAACGCCCUGACCACACGCAGUUAUGAACCCGCUCGAAAGAAAUGUUACUUUGAUGAUGAAAAUAAUGAAAUCGAUGGUACUGGCUGGUCAGAGAAACCUAUUAAAAACUGGUCUCAGGACGAAACAAUAAAUUGGCUGAUGUUUGCGGGAUCUUAUAUCGGACAACCAUACAGACUGAUUGAACAAUCUCUCGCAGUACCAGGAAACGAGCUGAUCACCUUUACUAAAGACGAUUUUAUCAAUCACGAUCCCAUGUACGGAGAUCUGCUCUAUGACCUGCUACACUCUCAGCAUAUCUCUAACAGACUUCCACCAUUUGAUAGCAUUCACCAUCAAUCAGAAGAUGAAUAUGCGCGGAUUAAUUCCAACAGUACAUCUGAUGCUGAAUCAGACAAUAAUAGUAUUGACGUUUCUACUACUAAACGACCACCUGGUAGACCAAGAGUAUUAAAACCAAAAAAAAAUUCUACUAGCCAGGGAAAGCUUUGGGAGUUCAUCAGAGACCUUUUACGUAAUCGAGAAACGUGCCCAAGCUUAAUAUGUUGGGAAGAUUAUUCUCAGGCGAAAUUUCGAUUUGUUAAAAGCGACGAGGUCGCGAAACGAUGGGGUUCCAGAAAAGGAAACACAAAAAUGACGUAUGAGAAACUAAGCCGAGCAAUGAGGUAUUAUUACAAAAGUAAAAUCUUUCAACCUGUACUCGGCCGAAGAUUGGUUUACCAGUUUGGGCCAAAUGCAAAAGGUUGGCAAACUGAUAAUCCAAACUUUCGGUAUUAAAGAUUUAGGAUUUCGUUCGUGUAAAAAUUGUACAAAAAGUAAAAAUAAUAUUUGUAACCAAUUAUAAUUUUCUUAUACAGGAUACAUAGUUAAAUUGUUAAAACAACUUUUCUAUUGUAAUUAUAGAUUUAUAAGUA